CAUUACCCGCCAUGCAUUUUAAUGUGAACACUGGCCCCGCCCCCACACUGGCCCCGCCCCCUCCCUCGCCUCAUUGCAGGCGGCGAGCAGGGAGGAAGGAGGGAGGAGGCAAGGGAGGAAGGAGGUAAGGGAGGAAGGAGGUAAUGUGCUUGGUGAUUGGUGGUGGUGUCAUUGAGGAGCACAGUCACCCACCAGGCAACUAACUUGGUGAUUGGUGGUGCUGUCACUAAAUGAGGAGCAGAGUCACCCACCAGGCAGGCAACUAACUUGUUGGAUUCAUACUGCCGCCAUGACACAAAAUGCUACUGUCACGUUUGAUCAGUCCCACUGUGGACCAGAACCAAGUGGCGGAACAGAUGAAGUGUUUCCAGUGUUUGAUGUACCACGUAGGCCAGCAAGGGCCCGUUGCCAUGCCAACACAUGCCACGGUGCCAGCUUGGCCCGUCGCCAUUGUUAGCAUUAAAGCCCAACCUGGGGGGGGGCUCCAGUUUCUUGCCAGAAUUCCCACCGCCGCCUGUCUUUGGCCCGCCCCUGCUCCCUCCUCCUCUGAUCUAAUGAAAAUGUUCUUUUGAGGCAGAAAAGCAGCCGCCAUGUCCUAAAUGCACGUCUUCUCCUCCAAGCCAGAGUUUCAUUAAGGAUUGAUGAUCCACAAACGCUAAGAACAUCUUUGUUGAUUUGGGUUGGAAGCCGGUGAGAGGCUGUGGGAGCACAUCUGACGUUCUCUCUUCCACCGGAGAAUACCCACCUACUGCGGAGAGUACCCACCUUUUGCGGACAACACCGACCUACUGCGGAGAAUACCCACCUACUGUGGAGAAUACCCACCUUCUGCGGAGAACACCGACCUACCGCGAAGAAUACCCACCUACUGCGGAAAAUACACACCUACUGUGGAAAUUACCCACCUUCUGCGGAGAAUACCCACCCUCUGCGGAGAAUACCAACCUACUGUGGAGAAUACCCACCUACUGUGGAGAAUACCCACCUACUGCGGAGAACAAUCUUUGAUGCAAUCGAUGCUGCUGCCUCCCUGGAGGGAAUUAUUGCUGAGCCACAGGUGGACCAUGUGACGCCUGACCUUCAAGGACUCCACAAGAUCACAUGUGAGGCUCCUCUCAGGAGGCUGAGCGGCUCAUCAAGCUCUUCAUGAGUAGUUUGCCAGCUCGCACACGCCAUGGCCCAGUGAAGAGGGACCUCCAUCCAUGCUGGCUCUUCGUCCCUGGAGGAGUAGCAUGACUUUGAAGUCCACUGGGAGGCGUGUGUGAGUGGGCCGCUUGACCUCGGAUUAGAUCCUCUGCGAACCGAUGGUGGACUUGCUGUGAGCCUGGACUUGGGACUCAGCAGUGGAGGAUGUCUGCAGAGGCUGAGCUCCAGCCGGGUGUCAAAACCAGCCAGCGGAGGGAGUCCAGGAGGAUCAAAGGUCAGGACCGCAGCGAGGCGGGGCUUAUUAAGCGUUUCCGUGGAGACGGCGUGCGCUACAAGGCCAAGCUGAUCGGGAUAGACGAGGUGACGGCGGCACGCGGGGACAAGCUGUGUCAGGACUCCAUGAUGAAGCUGAAGGGUAUGGCGUCGUCCGCACGUUCCAAAGGCGAGCACAAGCAGAGAGUCUUCUUGACCGUCUCCUUCAGCGGGAUCAAGAUCUACUGCGAGCGAUCAGGGGUGCUUCUGCAUCAGCACUCGGUCCAUGAAAUCAGUUACAUCGCCAAGGACACCAGAGACCACCGAGCCUUUGGCUACGUGUGCGGCAAGGAGGGCCACCACCGCUUUGUGGCCAUCAAGAGCGCACAGUCGGCGGAGCCGGUCAUCAUGGACCUGCGAGACCUCUUCACUCUCAUCUACGACAUGAAGCAGCGGGAGGAGGUGGAGAAGAAGGCCCAGAAGGACAAACACUGUGAGCAGGUGGUGUACCAGACCAUCCUGGAGGACCAAGUGGACGACCCGGUGUACCAGUACAUAGUCUUUGAGGCUGGACACGAACCACUGGGUGGCCCCCAGUCAGAGGAGAGCGUUUAUCAGGUCCCAAGCAGUCAGCAGAAGGACGGGAUCUAUGACGUCCCGAAACGCCAUUUCAUGACUAACAUUAACCACUUUGAUCUUUUCGGAGACAUGUCCACCCCUCCCUCGAUGCCUCCAUCGCCCGCCAACACGCUGGACCCGAGCAGGAUCAGCCGCCAGCAGCACAACCCUGCCGACAUGUACGCCCCCUUCAACCCCACCUCGGUGCCGUCAGGUUACAUGACCAUGGGCCCCGUGCAGGCAUCCCAGUGGGCACAGCAGCCCUUUACUGGCCAGCCUCAGACGUUAGCCUUCCCUGUGCAGGGGCCUCUCCAGGUGGCCCAGGUCCUCCCCGGAGGUCAGCCCCUCAUCUGGAGCCAGGCCAACAUUUUCCGAGCCACGCAGCAGCAGUGGGCGGCCAUGGCGGCCUACGUGCCCGGCCAGACCGUGGGGGGCCACGCCAUCCCGGCUGCCAUGCUCCAAGGCCUGCUGCCCGUCACCGCCGUGUGCCCCCAAGCCUGCGACCUCUCCGCCCCCUCCUCGGCCAUCACCAGCCCCCAGCACGUGGCCGACCCCGCCCUGGUGGAGAGGCAACUUAGUCUGGGGCAAGACGGUUUGGGCGUGGACUUUGAUGCCGGUGAGGGCCCGUCUACGUCAGGAUUGGUGCCGGGGAGCGGGUGUGGCCCUCUUGGCGCGGCGGACACCCUCAUGUGCAGUCAUGUGUUGCCCCCCCCUGUGGCUGUGACACUGGAGGAGGAAGAUCUGGAUCCUUCUGGCAUGACCUUGAGUCCUGGUACCUCCACUGAGUCACCGUCUAGUCAACAGACCUCGGACAUGCCAGCUGCCUCAGUGUGCCACCUCCAGACACAUCUUUCCCUUCUAGACUGUGAGGGCCACUCCAGCCUGGCCAAGGAGGACUGUGGUGCGGCCAGGUCAGGGUCUCUCCGUGAUCCAGGUGAGGACCAGACCUGUCCACAGGAAGAGAGCUAGACAGCAGUGAGUACUUCAUGAGUCACGUGAUCAGUGCACACUUCAUCUAGUGGGAUGUUGCCAUCUGCUGGUGGGACUGACCAGUGCACUCUUCUUCGAGGAGACGGAGCCUCUGACGGUUACAAAUACUGACUAGUGCACUCUUCUUCCAGGAGACGGAGCCUCUGAAGGUCACAAAGGUUUUUCAAUCAUUUAACGAGUACUGUGAGAACUUGUCACCAUGGCAACCAGCCCGUGGUCCAGUCAAGUAACCUUUCAGCCAGGAAGUGACCUUUCAUCGCCCAAAAUGAAAGCGGACUGCGCUGGUGUCUGUGAAAAGGAUUUUUCUUCAGCGUCCACCAGCAAAGACCACCAGCUGCCGAGUCGUGUCCUCGUGGCGUCCUUUCACGCGCAAAAACUGCUCUUGGACUCUGGGUCUGGCUAAGCUUUUGCCUCGUCCCUCGCUGCACUAGUGACCUGAUGAGACCCGGUAAGUCCGGAAGACAAAGAGAUGGUACAGUAUUAUCUGCUCGCAGGCGCCACCCGGUGGUUGUUUGCACACACUGCAGCUAGUCCUGGAUCAGGGGUGUCGGACUGGUUUCAGCUCCGGGGCCACAUGGAGGAAAACCAUGGCAUGACAACUUCAAAAUCCAGACAACUUCAGGUUGUUUUCUUUGUUUUUCUUUGGCCAAAAAUAGACCCGGUACAUUCUGAAAAUGUACAUGUUACAAAUAAUCCUCAAAACACUUGUUAAAAACAUUGUUAAAAAACACCACCAAAUUAGACUGUUUUUACAAUUGAAGUCACAUCCUAUCUUUGAAACAAAUACUAAAUCAACUCUUCUAUGUAUCAAAUACUUCAUUUUUACAAUUGAAGUCACAUCCUAUCUUUGCAAUAAAUACUAAAUCAA